AUGAUAUAUAUCAUAACUCGUGCAUCCAUUUCAAAUGCAUAUCCCAUUUUUGCACAGAAGGGCUAUGAAAAUCCACGAGAAGCGACUGGACGUAUUGUAUGCGCCAAUUGCCAUUUAGCUAAUAAACCAGUGGAUAUUGAGGUUCCGCAAACGGUACUUCCCGAUACUGUAUUUGAAGCAGUUGUUCGAAUUCCUUAUGAUAUGCAACUGAAACAAGUUCUUGCUAAUGGUAAAAAAGGGGCUUUAAAUGUGGGGGCUGUUCUUAUUUUACCAGAGGGUUUUGAAUUAGCCCCUCCCGAUCGUAUUUCCCCCGAGAUAAAAGAAAAGAUGGGCAAUCUGUCUUUUCAGAGCUACCGCCCAAAUCAAAAAAAUAUUCUUGUCAUAGGCCCUGUUCCUGGUCAGAAAUAUAGUGAAAUCACGUUUCCUAUUCUUUCCCCGGACCCCGCUACUAAGAAAGACAUUCACUUCUUAAAAUAUCCUAUAUACGUAGGCGGAAACAGGGAAGGGCCAGAUUUAUCCUGA